GCCGCCAUAUUGGCUGUUGUCCUGUCUCCGGAGCGGCGGCGGCGGCGUUGGGGAGCAGCGCCUGAGGGGGCCCAGGAUGACACGGAGGCGGAACAAGGCCGGUGUCGGCGGCGGUGUCGGUGUCGGGGUCCGGCGGGAGCGGGCGUCGGGGCCGCCCCCUCAGCAGCAGCAGCAGCAGCAGCAGCAGCAGCAGCAGGAGCCGCCGCCGCCGCCCCCGCCGCCUCCUCCUGAGGCAUCGGAGCCUCCGAGCCUGGCGGGGGCCGAGGCUCCUGAGGCGGUGGGGCAGGAGGGAGGAGGAGGAGGAGGCGGUGUCGGUGUCCAGCCGGAGCCGGGCAAGGCCCCUCAGGUCCUCCCCACCACCAACCAGUCCGUUCAGACGUGCUGCUUGCUGUGCCACCGGGAGCGCAAGGACUGGGGAGGCCCCUCCCCCAACGGGCUGGUCUCCCCGAGCGAGAGGCUGCCACCCGACUUUGUGCCAACACUCGUGCAGAACCUGCUGGGAGAGAUGCCUCUGUGGAUCUGUCAGAGCUGCCGCAAGAGCGUGGAAGAAGAGGAGCGCAGGGCAGUUCAAGAGCAGGCGCUGGCGGUCUCAUUAUCACACACGUCCUGCAAAUUCCAGUCAUGUGGAAGCGGCUUGCACUCCUCCUCCUCCUCCUCUUCCUCCUCCUCUUCCUCCUCCUCGUCGUCUUCGUCCUCCUCCUCCUCCUCCUGCCAUGGGAACUCAGGAGACUGGGAUCCCAGCUCAUUCCUGUCAGCACACAAACUCUCUGGCCUCUGGAACUCUCAGCACGCCCACGGCCCCCUCCAGGGCAGUUCACUAGGGAGCCCUCCGGCCCCCCCGGCAGGUGACAGACACGCGAGCCUUCCCCUGGCUCCCGAGUGCGUCAGCCAGUCUCCCGCUCCUGGCCCGAAGACCUGCCCCUUCAGCCACACACUCCCCUCCCAGGCCGCUUCUGGCGGCGGAGCUGUGCCCGGCUCUCCUCUGCCUACCUCACUUGAGUUCUGCAAGACGCUGCCCAAGCAGUUCAAGAGCAUGUGCAGACGGCCCACCCCUCCAGGCGAAGCCUUCCACUCCUCGGAACACCACCGGCACGCAGAUCUCGCCGCCCCUCCCAACAGCCCCACCGGCCACCCCGCACCUCCAGCACCGCUGGCCCCCGCUCAUCCUGGGCCCUUCGGCUCUCCACCCCACGGCCACCAGCCGCCCUCCGCCCCGGCGACACCCUUCCCCACGCCCGUCCCCGGCCCACACCCCGCGGCGCCCAAGGCGGCCGCCGAGUCCCCCACCGCCACAGCCGCCACUGCCGCCCCCCCCCACAGCCCGGCGUCAUGUAAGAGCCCUCACCUGCCCUCCGCCAACGUGCCACCGCUUCUCAAGAUGCCCCCACCGCUCUCAGGGUGCAACCACCCCUGCAACGGGCACUGCAGCGGGGCCCUGAUCCCCCAGCCUGCACCCCACCAGCUCCCUGGCACCAACAGGGACCCCGGCUGCAAGGGCCACAAGUUUACAAACGGUACAGGCUGCCACCCGCCGCAGUCCUGCGAGGCGGACGAGGGGCUGGGAGAGGACGAGGACAGCAGCUCGGAGCGUAGCUCCUGCACCUCCUCGUCCACCAAUCAGAAAGACGGGAAGUUCUGUGACUGCUGCUACUGUGAGUUCUUCGGCCACAACGCGCCCCCGGCGGCCCCGACGAGCCGGAACUACGCUGAGAUCCGGGAGAAGCUGCGCUCUCGGCUGACCAAGCGGAAAGAGGAGCUGCCCCAGAAGGCGGGGCAGGUGGGCAGCGCCCCCGGGGAGCCGGCCGUGGACCAUCGGGACGUGGACGAGCUCCUGGACUACAUCAACAGCACCGAGCCCAAGCCCCUCAACAGCGCCAAGGCUGCCAAGCGGGCCCGGCACAAGCUGAAGAAGAAGGAGAAGGAAAAAGCCCAGUUGGAGGCGGAGACCCAGCGCCAGACCGACCCCAGCACCCCCUCCACUGCCCCUGCCCCUGCCCCUGCACCAGCUCCCGCCCCCGCCCCCUCCGGCCCCGCGGCCGCCGAGCCCGCCGGGGAAAAGCUCCUGGAGUGGCCCCAGCUGGAGCUGGAACGGGUCAACAGCUUCCUGACGAGCCGCCUGCAGGAGAUCAAGAACACCAUCAAAGACUCCAUCCGGGCCAGCUUCAGCGUCUACGACCUCAACCUGGACGUCAACGACUUCCCCAAGAAGGCGGCCGUCCUGGAGCAGAAGGCCCUGCUCUCCCACCUCAACGGCUCCUCUGACCUGCAGGAGAUCGGGCUGGACCUGUCCCCCUUGACUCUGGGCCCCCCCGGCAAGAGCCCCCAGGCCCCGCCCUCGCCCGGUGAGCCGGGUCCGCCUCGGGGCGAGGGGGUGCCCCCCGCCGGGGAGAAUGGGGUGGUGAGGCGGCUCAGUGCCGUACCCAGCCUUUCCCGCGUCAUCUGGGUCCAGUCCCCCAAGGCGACCGACCCGGCCCCGGAUGGGCUCGGCCCCAGGGAGGCGGCCCCGGCGGACCGGCCGGAUGUUCCCGACAUCGGGCCCGGAGGCGGGAGGCCCAGGAAGAACAAGAGGCCCAACGGGCAGGCCAGAAGAGGGGAGGCCAGCCCGCUGUCCGGGCAGCAGGCCAAGGUGGAGACCCCCAGCGGGGCCAAGGGGCAGGGGCCGGGCGCCAGGCAGCCGCCCAAGCCCAGCCUGGCCCCAGAGCUCCCCAGGGGCGGGUGCUGCCCGGAACCCGCUGAGGCGACCCGCGGCACCCGGCCGGGGCCCCCUUGGGCCUGCGGCCCCCCAAAGGCUGAGAAGGAGAAAGGCGGCUUGUGGAGACCCCGGAAGAAUGAGGCCCGGGGGGAACCGGAGUCGACAUCGCCGGCGGGUGCUGGGGACCGGGCCCCGGCCAGCUUGGCGCCGGUGACGGCUUUGCCCCCGACCAAGGGCAAGACCCGGAAGAGCCGCAGCAAGUCGGAGAAAUCCGCCACCGCCAUCGACGACGUGUUCCUGCCCAAGGACGUGGACGGAGUGGAGAUGGAUGAGACAGAUCGGGAGGUGGAGUACUUCAAGAGGUUCUGUCUGGACUCUGCCAAGCAGACGCGGCAGAAAGUGGCCGUCAACUGGACCAACUUCACCCUCAAGAAAACCACUUCCAGCGCAGCUCAGUGAGGCCCUGGGCCUCCCCGGCCCCCUUCUCCAGCGCUGCCCGGGCCCGGGGAGGCAUCUGACUCCGCGGACUCAGAAGGGUGGCGGACGGCAUAGCCUUCUGGACCUCCUGUCCCCCGGGGUCUGGGUGGAGGGGGUUCCUCCUUUUGUCCACCUUCAAGUGCAAGCCCGGGGUCUCUCUCCCUCCCUCCGCUGUGAGCCCCCUCCCCCAACUCCCCCACUCUGGUCUGGGAGUCGGCAGGGGGGCAGAGAAAAAGCGAGCAGGGCCUCAGGGUGUCCGGGCUCCUCAAGGGACCCCUGUGACCUUAACCAUUCGGGGCGGUGGCUCAGGCCCCUCCCUCUAGCCCAGCUGCCCCGAUCCACCAGGUUUAGACUGUUUUUCUCCCCGUUUUGUCUUUUUUUACCGUGUUAGUUUUUGAUAAGUGGAGGAGGCCUCCCCCGCCCCACCCCCCCGCCCCCGACAGACCUGAGAGCCGGGAGCUUUGGCCCCCCGUGUUGUACUCACACCGAACCUCCGCCAGGUGUGUAGAAGGACCAUGCUGGACCCAAUAAAGAACUUUUUAAUUUUUUAUUUUAUUUAAAAAAAAAAAAAUCCGUUGUUUCUUACCGGCUUCUCCCCUCCUGCCCGCCCCCUCUCCCUCGGCCUGCUAGAACCCUGAAGACCCAUCGGCCGUUACCUUCCUCCCCUCCUUGGCUCCCGGGCCCAUCCCGGGUACCCCGUCAGUCUGCGGGGACCUGCACUUGCAGGGUCAAUCUAAGGCCUGUUCUCCAGUGCCUCCGCCUUUCCCUUCUGUCCAUCCCUCCCUCCCUCCCUCCCUCCCACCGGCCUGCAUUUUCUCCCUUUCUAUCCUGACCCGGUGCCCUGCUCAAAUUCCCCCGCCCCCUCCCACUCCCACCAAGGGCCAAGAGACCCUUGCGUGACAGAGCCGGUCCAGGGCCGACUGGAGACGAGGGGAGAGAAGUGGUAGCGGGCAGAGACGCCGGGCCCCCAGUUCCGCCUCUUCCAACGCCCCCCCGCGUCGCCGUGGGAUAGCUGGAAAGGUGAAGGGUCCCGGGAAGACAACCUCCCCGCCACCCCCCCACCCCCAGGCACACACACAUGCGUACAGGUGUCCACCCUGCAGCCCCAGCCAGGUUGGCUCGUCCACCCCGCCAACGGCAGCAGCAGCAGCUGCUGUCGGUCUGGGGCCGGGGAGCCGGGCUGGAGACCGGAGGGAGAUUCCGAUCCCGUCCCUUCCGGGGAAACGGACAGGACAAUAGCGCUGUUGUUCAGCCUGGCUCGGGGCCGAGCCUCUCCGUGCCACUCCUCUGUCCGAGACCUCUGUGGCGGCACCCCGGGCCCCCGGGGGAGGCCCACGCGUGCCCAGGGGGUUGAGCAUUGCUCCGCAUUGCUCAGUGGCCUCGGAAGCUUGAGCGGGGCCCCGGCAGGUUGGCCCCGGGGCGGGGCCCGCAUCCGCCCACACCCGCCUUCCCUCUCUCGGAAGAAGCCAGGUCCCCUCCUGGAGAGUAGGCGGCAGGGGCCCCCCCAUCCUCCCCUCCCCCCUGAAUGGGGCCUCUGCCUUCCAGCCCCUCUUGGCUGCUGGCCGGAGCCGCUGGCCUGGCAGAGCAGGGUCUGGAUGCCCCCCGCCCUCACCCAAGGGCCGGGGUUUAGGCCUUUUCUCUUUCCAACUCCCUCCUUCCCCCGCCCCGGCUGCUGGUUCCUCUGUCCCCACUGGGUCACCAGUUGAGCUGGGCACUCUUCUGGACUGGCAGAGCCUCAGGCAGUCCUGGCACCGGGCCACCUGGCAGGCCCUUCCCUCCAUGGGCCACCCUGGGCGGGGCAGCUAUUGAGACUCACACGUGUUCGGGUAGCCCAGGCCAUGAUGGCUCUUCCGGGGACCUUAGAAGCCUCUGCUGAUAACCAAGCUCUGGUCCCAAAAGGCUACCCACUUCUCCCUCCACCUUCUUCCCCAUAGCCCAAGUGUGGUGCAGGGAGAGGGGGAAGUGAAGGGGAGCAGGAGAUCCCAAGGUGGGCUACUGCUACUCCCCGAUUUCCUUUUGCUCCCCCGCCUGUGAGCCUCCAGCCAGGGUCUCCCCUUCCCCUCUCCUUUCCUCCCUCCGAGGUCUCCCCCUCCCCUUUCUGCUGUCUGCCACCCUCAGCCAACUCGACUCUUCCUCCCCUGGGACCCUCCCAGCUGGCCUCCCCCGAAGCCAAGGGGGGAGGUACUAGGUUGCCCCAUUCCUCUGCCUCACUUUCCCUUCCCAAAGCAAAGCUUCUGGCUCUGGGUGCUGCUGGGGGAGGGAGGGAAGGUCAGGACUACCGGGUUGCUUAAGAAGCAAGUCAAGGGGCGGCUAAAUAAGACUCCUUCCAAGCCCCAGAGCAUCCAGAGCAGUCCCGGCCCCCCUGACUAGAGGAAGGCGGCUAGCCCGGGGGGAGUGGAAUCUGAUUCUGUCAGGCCCAGGUCCCUCGGUGGGAGCCUGAGGUCAGCCCUGGAUGCAGGGGACACGGGACUCUCGAACAUUCCCUCGGUGGUACCGGCUCUUGAGGGUUUACGUUUCCCCUCCCUCCCCCCCCAUCUCCACCGGCUUCCGGGUCGAACCUCGAUAUUCCACCCUGCACCUCCCACUUCCUCCUGCAAUCCCGGGAGCAGAAACAGCAGCAGGUGUCUCCCGCCGGCCUGCCUGUUUCCAUGGCGAUGCUGAAGCGGGCAGGGGAGAACGGAGCGUUCCGGGUGCCUGUGGCAACCAGAGAUGGGGAGCAGGAGCGGAGGGUGGUUGGGGGACAGACUCUCCCCUCCUCCCUAAUGGCCAUAGUAGGGAGAACGAAUAUUUGACGGGGACGGUUUCUAUCAGGUCACCCCCAUCCCUCCCUCCUUUGCCCACACUCCUCCCCCAGGCCAACCCAAACCCAGGUUUCUACUGAGCUGUAAUGGAAACUAGACUCCCCCUACCCUCCCCACCCCCCGCCGUGUCAGAAAAGCCGAUUUCUGGUGCUAACCACCGUCUGGACCGUUGACCCCCACGGCCGGGGGGUGGGGGGUCCUCACUGUACCGACCCGGCCCUUUUCUGUGGGGUUUUUUUUAAUUAUGAUUUACUUUUGAUACUGUGAAGGUCUUUCAAUGAGAAAGAUUAAAGGACAUUUGGACACA